CUGUCCCGAAUCUUCUUUUGAGUUUCCAGCCCACUUCUUUUUCUUUAUCCUCUUUCCCCUUUUCUCUGUUUUUCAGUAUAAGCAUCAAUAAACUCUGUUACCCUCUUCUCUCAUCCCAUCAUAAAAUGUCACUCUCUUGCGGUGUCGAGUGCGUGCUCUUGCUGGGCUGUUCGCGUUGGGCAUGGAAGCGCUGCACCCACGUUGGUUCUGACGACAGUGAAACCUGGCCAUUAGCUACCCCCGAUGAAUUCGAACCUGUCCCCAGAGUCUGUCGUUUAAUCCUAGCUGUCUACGAGCCCGAUCUCAGACACCCCCAGUUCCCUCCCGACGGUGGAUAUCGGCUCAACCCGGACUGGGUCUUGAAACGCGUCACCUAUGAAAACACCCAAGGUCGUUCUCCGCCUUAUCUUAUCUACGCCGACCAUGAUCGGAAGGAAAUCGUGAUGGCAAUCAGGGGACUCAACUUGGCCAAAGAGAGUGACUAUAAAUUGCUAUUGGAUAAUCGGUUGGGGAUGCAGAUGUUUGACGGAGGAUAUGUCCACCACGGGCUGUUGAAAUCGGCUGUUUGGUUGCUGAAUGAGGAGAGCGAGACGUUGAAGAGGGUUUGGGAAGAGACCGGGAGGGAAUAUCAGUUGAUAUUCGCCGGCCAUUCGUUGGGGUCGGGGGUGGCGGCGUUGAUGGCGGUGGUGGUUGUUAAUCACAGGGAUAGAUUGGGCGGGAUUCCCCGGAACAAGAUUCGGUGCUAUGCGGUGGCGCCGGCCAGGUGUAUGUCACUUAACUUAGCUGUCAAGUAUGCUGAUGUUAUUCACUCUAUUGUGUUGCAGGAUGAUUUCUUGCCAAGGACUGCCACACCCUUGGAAGAUAUCUUCAAGUCAAUAUUCUGCUUGCCUUGCUUGUUGUUUCUUGUUUGCUUGAGGGACACCUUCAUACCAGAAGGUAGAAAACUUAAAGAUCCCAGGAGACUUUAUGCUCCCGGACGAAUGUAUCAUAUCGUCGAGAGAAAAUUUUGCAGAUGUGGGAGGUUUCCCCCACAAGUCCGAACGGCCAUUCCUGUCAAUGGGAGGUUUGAACAUAUUGUAUUAUCAUGUAAUGCAACAUCCGAUCACGGGAUAAUUUGGAUCGAAAAGGAAGCAGAGAAGGCUUUGGAGGUUAUGAGACGGGACAAAUCCGAGACGAUAACCGUUCCACCAAAAGUACAAAAACUGGAGAGGUUGCAGACCAUUGAGAAAGAACACAAAGAUGCAUUGCAAAAGGCUGUCGGUUUGAAUAUCCCUCAUGCCGUAUCUGCAUCCGAUGAAAAAAUCGAGAAUGAGGAAACCGAAACAGAGGCUGCCGGAGCCGACAUCGGAGAUAGCCCAAAACCCAAAUCGGAGUUGAGCCCUGGAGGGACUAACUGGGAUCAGUUGGUUGAGAAACUUUUCAAGAGGAGUGAGUCAGGGAAACUGGUUCUAAACAAGGAAUCAGAUAUUCCUGGGAUCCAAUAGCUGCAACCUUACUCUCUCUCUCUUUUUCCUCU